CGAGACUGUUCGCUCAUCGUGAACCUGCUCGAUUGCAUGUAGCUCAGGAGGAAGACAUAGAGGCCUAUACUCUUUACCAGAUUCGAUGACUGAAGACGUUGUGAUACAGUGGCAAUAUGGCUUGGUUCGUUAACAUGACUGAAGUCCCAUGACGCAUCCAGAGUACUAAAACAUGCUGACACGAAUGCAUGACUCACUCAACAAGAUGGCAGACACUGAGUUCGCUGAGAAUGGCCCCGACGAUGCUUCACCAUCGCACAUCACGAUAGGGUUGGUGGAGAUGAAAAAGGAUGACACUUCCGGUGACGACGCGAGACCAGAACGAGACCACUGGUCAUCUCAGUUGGACUACAUCAUGUCUAUGACAGGCUACUGUGUGGGGUUUGGUAAUCUGUGGAGAUUCCCUUACCUCUGCAACAAAAAUGGGGGAGGUGCUUUCUUGAUUCCUUUCAUGAUAUUCAUCGUUAUCGCCGCCUUACCUCUGUUUUACCUGGAGGCGUCUCUGGCCCAGUUCUCAGGUAAAGGAGCUGUACAGACGUGGAAUUUCUGCCCUCUCCUGAAAGGUAUCGGUGUCGGAACGCUCAUCCAGGUUGCAAUCUGUCAACCCUAUUAUCAAAUCCUUCUGGCCUGGCCUAUCUACUACAUGGUGAACUCCUGCUCCAGUGUUCUGCCCUGGACAACCUGUGGUAACUGGUGGAACACAGAGCUAUGUGUUGAGGACAUCUCAACUCUGAAAACGCAUUCAAUGAACUCUUCAAACGUCAUGAACAUCACGGACGUAGAAGGCACCAAUGGUACUGGUCCCAGCAUUGCUGAACUGUGGAGGAACAAGACGUUAUCUCACACAGCAGUGGAGGAGUUCUACCAGUACAACGUCCUGAAUAUAUCAAGUGGAAUACACGAAAUCGGCUUUGUUCAGUGGCAUAUAGUUGGAUGUUUAUUUGCGGCGUAUGUCUGUAUUUUUCUCUGUCUGUUUCGUGGAAUCAAAGCUAGUGGGAAGAUUGUAUAUGUGACCGCAUUGCUACCCUAUAUACUCCUGACGGCGAUCUUCAUUAGAGCCGCCAUGCUGCCCGGCGCUGUUGAUGGGAUUCUAUACUAUCUUGAACCUGAUUUUAGCAAACUCCUCAAGGGGCAGGUGUGGUCGGAAGCUUGUAUCCAGGUGUUUUACAGUCUUGGUCCAGGCUGGGGUGUAAUCAUGACAGCAUCCAGCUACAACAAGUUCAAUGCACCAACUUUAAGGGACUCUAUUAUCUUAUGCACUGUCUCAGAAGGCACAAGCAUAUUCGCUGGAUUUGUCACGUUUGCCAUCCUGGGUGUUAUGGCUGAAAGAGUGGGCGUCUCAAUAUCUGAAGUUGUGUCAUCAGGACCAGGAUUAGGAUUCGUUGCCUACCCAGAAGCUCUCUCACAACUCCCGCUUCCACAGAUGUGGUCGUUUCUAUUUUUCCUGAUGUUACUGACUGUAGGAUUAGACUCACAGUUCAUGAUUGUUGAGCUCCUGUCCACGACGGUGAUAGAUCAGUUUCCCCUGAUACUCAGACAUAGACGAGGUCUGGUCACAGCAGCUCUAUGUGUCCUUGCCUUUUGUCCUGGUAUCAUCAUAUGUACACAGGGUGGUCCGUACAUCAUGCAACUCCUGGACUGGUACCUGGUGGCUGUCUCGAUGUUCCUAUUCUGUACCCUGGAGUGUGUGGCUGCUGUCUGGUUCUACGGUAUCAAGCAGCUGAGUGAGGAUGUUGACAUGAUGUGUGGACGUCCUCUGCCUGUGCUGGUCAAAGUCCUGUGGAGCAUCAUCACUCCGGCAACACUUGUGGUUGUGUUCAUCAUGACGAUUGCCCAGUACGAUUCUCCCACCUACGGGAAGUACACCUACCCUGUUGAGGCUACUGCGAUUGGGUGGAUGAUUGCCUUGAUGCCUGUGGUUCCUAUGAUCAUUUUCAUGAUAAAAGCUUUGAGGAAACAGCAGGGUCCAUUAAAGCAGAGACUGACGUUGUCCCUUCGACCAAACGCUCAGUGGCGUCCAGCGGACGAUUCGCUCACAGCAAGACACAGAGAAGGCAUUCUUCACAACAGACGCACCUUCUCAGAAAACCUCAGAUUCAUUUUCAAAACGCAAACACACUCUGAUCCAUGAAAAACAUUCAGCUAAACUUAGCCAUUAUUUUUAAUAGUUUAGAAAAAAAGUGACUUCAAUUAACCGCCGUGUAAAUCAUAACUUAAGGUGUUUUCGAAAUUUUAUAAUAAAAAAACAUUUUUAGCGUUAGUCUGGAUUACCACUACAUCAUUAUCAGGUAAAAACUACAUCACUAUCAGGUAACAACUACAUCACUAUCACGUAAUAACUGCAUCAUCAGAUAACAACUACAUCACUAUCACGAAAUAACUGCAUCAUCAGAUAACAACUACAUUAUUAUGAGGUAACAACUACAUUGCUAUCAGGUAAUAACUGCAUCAUCAGGUAAUAACUGCAUCACUAUCAGGUAAUAACUGCAUCACUAUCAGGUAAUAACUGCAUCAUCAGAUAAUAACUGCAUCACUAUCAGGUAAUAACUGCAUCACUAUCAGGUAAUAACUACAUCACUAUCACGUAAUAACUGCAUCAUCAGAUAAUAACUGCAUCACUAUCACGUAAUAACUGAAUCAUCAGAUAAUAACUACAAUAUUUGGUUUUGUAGCUGUAGCUGAAGAAAUAUCAAAUCACGAUAUAAAAAACCCAACAUGUCAAACUGUGUCACCUACAAGAGCCAUACAGACGUUCAGACGUCGAAUCCAACCCGGGGCCAGACACGCGUGACACUUCUGCAUCAAAACAUUUGAAGCUGACUUUAACCGAGGAAGGAAAUUCUGAAUUUGGAAAAUUGCUUGCUGAAAUUAAAGGUGUUUCUUCAAAAGUUGACAGUUAUCAGGCUGUCUUGUCAUCGAAGCUGACGACAAUGUCCCUGUCUAUUGAGUCCUGAAAUACUCAUGUAACUGAUCUAACGUCAGAGUGCACCUUGUCAGAAAAAGAAAAUCGUUCUUUGAGAAAUGACCUUACAUCCCUUACGAGUAAAGUGGACUCCCUUGAAAACCAAAGACGUCGGAACAAUUUUACUGUUUUAUGGAGUUCCAAAACCUGAACAGAAAGAAAUCUAGGAAGACUGUGAAAACAGUGUUCGUGACAUCAAAAAGGACAUUAUGAAAAUGGACGAUUCUGAUAGGAAUAUUGAAAGAUGUUAUCGCACAAAUAAUGGCAAAUCAAUAAUAGUUAAAUUUAGAGAUGGACCAAAGGAGCCUGUUCUGCGUAACGGUAAACUCCUUAAAGGUAGUAGCCUUAGUAUGUCGGAGGAUUUUUCUUUAACUGUAAGGAAUAAACGUGAAAGGCUCUUAUUCUUCCCCGCCCUUAAGGCGGGGAAGUAUACGGGAGAGGUUAAAUUUAUAGCAUGUAAGUCGACAUGUUGGUUUCUCAUAAAUUUCAAGCCACACAGUUACCGAAACGAAACAUACAAAUCAUGUGAAAUGUGCGUGAAAUGUUGAUGUUUAUCUUUUCCAGCAAUAAGAGAUAUUU